AUGGAGUUUGGAAGCUUCAAGGUGGACAUGGGGGACGACCUCUUCCAGCACCAAGAUUUCCUGCAGUUCAUCGGCCCGUUGGAUGAGAUAUUGAACGGCUUCGACGGCCCAUUCCCGUUUAGUGAAAUGGAGAGCAGAGUGCCAUUCGAGGGCAUCCAGCUGCCGUAUUAUUUGACAGAGAGAUCGAUCGGCGGGAUGGGGCCGGCGCUGCAGCAGGUCCCGAUGGCUUUCGAUGAGCUCUCCACCGUCGUCAACAAUAAGCCUCAAAUGGAAGUCGUCGACGUGCUGAUGAAGAAUAAGUCUGCGAAGAGAAAUGGCGGCAAGACGCAGAAGAAAAGCAGGGGGAAGAAAGGGCAAUGGACAGCUGAAGAGGACAGAUUGUUGAUCGGUCUGGUGGAGAAGCAUGGAUUGAGGAAGUGGUCUCAGAUUGCGAAAGUGAUGCAUGGAAGAAUUGGAAAGCAAUGCAGGGAGAGAUGGAACAACCAUCUCAGGCCAAAUAUCAAGGUUUCGGUCGUCGUCGUCGUCGAUUUGCAGAAGGAGACGUGGAGCGAGGAGGAGGACAAGAUUCUGAUCGAGGCGCAUUCGGAGGUCGGCAACAAAUGGGCAGAGAUCGCGAAGAGGCUCCCCGGCCGGACGGAGAACUCCAUCAAGAACCAUUGGAACGCCACCAAGCGCAGGCACAUCGCCCCGCGGUGUCGACGCCGGGCCAUCAGGAACAAGAACAACCCCAACUCCGGCGUCCUCCUCCAGACCUACAUCCAAGGCUUGAUGAUGGACGGCGCCGCACCACCGGCCACGGACGAGAACUCCAAAGCGAGCGCCGGAGAUUUCGCUGGAAACGACUACUCCUCUGUCGCUGACGACUUCAGUGACUUGACAGGCCUUCUGUUCGACGACGGCGGCGAGGAGGAGCUGGACGAGCCGGAGAUGAAGGUGGGAGAAGGUGACGCUGGCGGGUUCCUCUCCGAGUUCCCGCUCGGAGUCGGCGAGGGCUUGGCGUGGGAGGAGAUGGGCGUGGCGGCCGAACUGUGCUGGGAGGACGACGGCCAAGCGGAGAUGGAGCUGAUCGAGAUGAUCUCCCGUUGCCAAAGCGCUCAGCGUUGA